AAAAAAAACUGUCGUCAUACCGCUGUAAGUGUUGACGUCGCUUUGGAAUAAAAAAAAAUACAACCCUUUUUUUUUUAUAUAUAUAUAUUUUUUUCUUGAUUAAAUCUCUUGGCAAUUUUGAGAUAAUGGAUAAUUAUGGUGAUGGAGGUGCAGGUUCCGAAUUUCAACCCAUUUUAAUACAACUUGCUUUAUUAUGUACUGUGGUUGGAAGUUGUAUAUCGUUAUUCUCUGUGUGGCUGCACUGGAAGAACUACCGAAAGCCUAAUCAACAAAGACAGGUGAUUCGUAUCUUGUGGAUGGUGCCUAUUUAUGGUAUCAGUACGUAUAUAUCACUUGUUUCAUUAAACGUAGCUUUCUAUGUGGAUACAUUUCGAGAUAUUUAUGAAGCAUUUGUGAUCUAUGCGUUUUUCAACCUUUUGCUAAACAAGUUGGGUGGAGAACGAGCAUUAAUCAUCAUGCUCCAUUCGAGGCCACCGACAGAAAAUUUCUUUCCUGGUACCAUUUAUUCGAGCGAGAUCUUUGUAGGGGAUCCCUAUACUUUUUUGUUUGUGAAGCGAGGUAUCCUACAGUUUGUCUAUGUCAAGCCCGUCUUGGCCAUCCUGACCAUGAUCCUGAAAGCCACGGGGAAAUACCACGAGGGUGACUUUUCUGCCUCAAGCUCGUAUUUCUACUUGACUUUCUUUUACAAUCUCAGCGUCUGUUUGAGUUUAUGGUGUUUAAUGGUCUUUUUUUAUGCAACCAAAAAAGAUCUAACUGCCUUUAGACCUUUGCCUAAAUUUCUAUGUGUCAAGGCCAUCAUUUUCUUUUCCUUUUGGCAGAGUGUGGUAGUUGCCUUGUUAGUUUUUGCGGGUGUGAUUCCAGAUUCGGAACAUAUCUCAGUCGCUAUUCAAGAUUUCCUUGUGUGUAUUGAAAUGGUGCCUUUUGCUAUUGCUCACUCAUUCUCGUUUUCAUAUGAGGAUUAUUUCGACCAAAAUGUGCAUUCUGCACGUAUGCCGGUACGACGAGCGAUUCGAGAUUCAUUUGGACUGAAAGAUGUAGUGAUGGACACACUGGAUACAUUGAAUGGAUCAGGGUUCAAUUAUCGAGCAUUUGAACCUUCAGAGGGAGUACCGCAUAUGGGCAGUAGUCGUACAUCGCGUAUCAUGGCAGGCUUGCGUUAUUCUAAUAUGACCACGAAAAAACAUUGGUUGGAACCCGCACCGACCUCACGGUUCCUCAACUCGAGUCGAGGCAUGAAUGAAGAGAGCAUGGCAGAGAUGGAUUCAGAGCCGUUAGAGUUUGAGGACCCUGACCCCCAUGACGAGAUGGAAAUUUUGUUUGCUGCCAGUCGAAAGAUGGUAUUUGGGGAUUACAAUUAUCCCGUCAUUGAUUUUCGUGUACCUCUUUGGCGGCAGGCCCGUCAGGAACGCAGAUUGCAGAGAUAUGGCGGAAUCAGUCAAACGAGUCGAUACGAUGAUCGAAAGAUGAACAAGGCGGUGGUGAAUGGAGAUGAAGAAAGUUUAUUGGGAACAAGAGAAGGUUGCAUUGAUGUCAUUAUCAAGCAAGGAAAAGACAAUUAUGUGGUAGUAGAUGAUAUGUCUGAUGAUGAUGAAGAGGUGUCUAGAAAGACGCUUCCGACACCUGUCAGAAAGCCUACUUUAUCCAAUAUACACAGGCAUCCUAGUAGCAGUGCUAGUACUCCUACUGUACAUCAUCCUUCCUCAUCAUCGUCUAAAAAGAUGGUCCAGCCUUCUUUUUCAACUCCUUCUAAACAGCCUGUUGUUCAUUCAACUCCUAAACCCCGAUACCCACAAGCCCCACAAGCUCCACAAACCGUACGAGAGUCAGCUCCUCCCCCUAUAUCCUAUUCUAAUGCAUCCACCACUCCUCAACACAUCGCGGCCUCUCCUUCUGAAGAAGACGCCCCUCAAUGGCAAUGGCCAGACCAAUUUUCCCAUACGAAUCAUUCGUCCUAUACAGACAACGAUGAUGAUCUUUUAAGUGGUGAUGUAUGGAAAUAGAUAACCCCCUUCUUUUUUUUUUUUAAUUAAAACACGCAUACACAGAGCGAGAGAGAGAGAGAGAGAGUGCGUAAAACGAACUAUUGCUGUCAAAGACUAAAAGACCU